AUGAUCAUCGGCGUACUGGCCAUAUUAACGCUGGUGUUUACCACCUUUGGCGAUUCACGGAGGAAGAAGCUGCCGCCAGGUCCACCAGGUCUCCCUCUAUUGGGCAACUUUCUGGACCUGGCGGAUUCUGAAAAAGUCCGCACCAAGGUAGCCAGCUGGGCUCAGAAAUAUGGAGGCCUCGUCUAUACUCGGAUUGCGGAAGUCGACUACAUAUGGCUCUCUUCCCCAAACACGGUCAAGGACCUGAUGGACAAGAAGUCGUCCAUUUACUCGUCUCGUCCCAGGAUGCCUUUCGCCAUGGAUGUUGCCAGUGGCGGGAAGCGCCAGCUUCUGAUGCCAUACAGCAAUGAAUGGCGGAAUAUUCGGAAAUACAGCCACCAACUUCUGAAUAUGAAUGCUUCCAAGGCAUACCAGCCGGUACAAGACUACGAGUCCUUGCAGAUGAUGCACGACAUGAUGACCAACCCGGCCGAGUUCUACAGGCAUAACCAGCGCUACUCGGCCAGUGUUAUCAUGACAAUCGCAUACGGUAUUCGGGUGCCCACAUUCGACAGCCCCAUAGCAAAAGAUAUCUACGUCGUCCUUGAUCACUUGACCGAGAUGACAGCUCCUGGUAGCCACGCUGUGGAUUCGAUGCCAUCCCUGCGAUACUUACCCCAACAACUCCUGGGGAAUUGGCGUACGAAAGGGCAAAAGUUUUACGAGCAUGAUUCGGGCGUUUACCUUUCGAUGUGGAACAGUCUGAAGAAGAGCGUAGACGGGGGAAGUUGUGAGCCUUGCUUUUGCCGUGACUUUUACCUCAGUGAUCCUGCCAAGCAUGGCAUCGAUGAUUUGUCUGCGGCAUAUAUCUGCGGUGGUUUGGUCGAGGCCGGAUCCGAGACAACAGCUUCUUCCCUGAACAAUUUUCUGCUCGCCUUAUGUCAAUACCCAAACGUUGUCUGGAAAGCCCAAGAGGAGCUCGACCGUGUCGUGGGAAACACACGAAUGCCCAAUUGGGACGACGAAGCAGACCUCCCCUAUAUCCGGGCCAUCAUCAAGGAACUCUUGAGGUGGAGGCCCGUAAACAAGUUUGGCAUGUUCCACUCGGUGACAGAGGAUGAUUGGUACAAGGGACAAUUUAUCCCCAAAGACAGCGUCGUUGUUCUCAAUUGGUGGGCCAUUCACUACGACCCCAAACGAUAUCCAGAGCCUGAGAAAUUCAAGCCGGAGCGCUACCUCGACUUCAAGCUUUCGGCAGUAGAUGCUAUCAAUGUCAAGGACCCGUUGGACCGGGAUCACUUCUCGUACGGUGCAGGACGCCGUGUUUGUCCUGGCGUUCACGUGGCCGAGCGUUCCCUUUUUAUCAACAUCGCUAGGUUUUUAUGGGGAUUCAACAUCUCCAAGAAACUUGACGCCCAGGGAAAUCCUAUUGAGCCGGACGAUGGAAUGGUGAGGGGUCUGCUAAGCGUCCCGAACCCCUUUGAGUGUGAUAUUCGGCCACGGACAACUCAGCAUGCCACAAUGAUUGCACAUGAGUUCCGAGCAGCAACGGAAAAACGGCAAGCUUGAUUUAGGG